CACGUUAAUUUCACGUUUCUGAGUGCCAGCAGCCACUGCUACAGUGCUACUUUUGAACUGUUGGCAUUAACUGAGUGUCGAGUUGUGGAAUAUGUUGUAUAUUUAUUGAAACAAACAACAAAAUAAAAGUGUUAAUAUCUCUGUACAGUACACGCGGAAAAAGUAAGCAAAAAUCUCUAUUGUACACUGAGGAAAAAGUGACUUGAAGAGCAGACAGACAGACACCACACCACACCCAAAAUGGUGAACAUUGUGGAUGGCGGCGCCAAGCCUGCGGCCCAGGAAAUGGAGCAGUUCCUGCCGGGCGAAGGAGGAAUCAAAUACCAUAUACAGCCACGCAAAUCGGACAACGAGCAGGGCCUGGGCAACACCGAGUUCAAUCCGUUUACACAUCGCGACAAUGAGCAUCCCACGAGCGAUAAUGAAACGCUCACGCAUUUGCUUAAGGCCUCCCUGGGCACUGGCAUCCUGGGCAUGCCCAUAGCCUUCAUGUACUCUGGAAUUAUAAUGGGAAUCUUCGCCACCAUCUUCACCGCCUUUGUGUGCACGCACUGCAGUUACGUGCUGGUUAAAUGCGGACACAAACUGUACUACAAGACACGUCGCACCAAGAUGACAUUUGCUGAAAUUGCCGAGUCUGCAUUCCAGAAGGGCCCCAAGUGGUGCCGGGGAUUUGCUCCCGUGGCCAAGUUCUCGAUAUUGUUUGGCCUGUUCCUCACGUACUUCGGCACCUGUUCGGUGUACACCGUGAUUGUGGCCAAGAACUUUGAGCAGUUGAUCGAGCACUGGACGGGAUCCGCUGUAUCCUCGCGUCUGCUCAUCUGCGCCCUGUUGGUGCCACUGAUCCUGAUUGCUUGGGUGCCGAAUCUCAAAUACUUGGCCCCCGUCUCGAUGGUUGCCAAUGUGUUCAUGGGCCUGGGUCUGGGCAUCACCUUCUACUAUCUGACGCAGGAUCUACCACCCGUCGAGUCGCGCAAUUACUUGGUGCUGGGCACCUUGCCGUCCUUCUUCUCCAUCACCAUCUUUGCAAUGGAGGCCAUCGGAGUGGUGAUGCCGCUGGAGAACAACAUGAAGACGCCACAGAACUUCCUCGGCCUCUGCGGAGUGCUCAGCCAGGGCAUGUCCGGCGUGACACUCAUCUACAUGCUGUUGGGUUUCCUUGGCUAUCUGCGCUACGGUGAGGACACGCAGCAGAGCAUCACCUUGAAUCUGCCUGUCCACGAGUGGCCCGCCCAGGCGGUGAAGGUUCUGAUUGCUUUGGCCGUUUACUGCACAUUCGGACUGCAGUUCUAUGUGUGCCUGGAGAUCGUCUGGGAUGGCAUCAAGGAGAAGUGCACCAAGCGCCCGAUGCUGGUCAACUAUGUGCUGCGCACUGUCCUGGUGACAGCUGCCGUUGUCCUGGCCAUUUCCGUGCCCACAAUCGCGCCCUUUAUGGGCCUCAUCGGAGCGUUCUGCUUCUCGAUUCUGGGACUGAUAUUCCCCGUGCUCAUUGAGCUGGUCAUUCAUUGGGACACUGGAUUCGGCAAAUACAAUUGGAUUCUGUGGAAGAACAUUGUCAUCUGCAUCUGCGGAGUUGCAGCACUUGUCUUUGGCUCCCUGGCCGCCAUCCGAGACAUUAUUGCUGUCUACUCCGAAGUGGCACCUCAAUAAGUUCCCCACCCGUGAGAGGAGUUGAAGGAUUUGAGGAGGAUUGAGUUGCCCCGAGCUAUACCAAUGGGGUAUAGGAACGCUUAAGGGAGAGCCAGAGCAGCGGCAGUGGAUCCGCUUCCUAGAGAUCAUCUAAUUAUUGUUAGAUGUAAAACCAGCGCCCACAUUUUGUACAUUUUUCGUCUGUUGCUUAGUGUCGUCUGUUGAUUAUUUCGGGACCUGUGGAAGCGUAUCUACAAUACACUGAACAAGUGCCUACCUACUACUACUGCAACUACACACACACAGCACCAACUAUGCCACUAUGCCGGUUAAGCACGUUUAGAACACUUGCAAUUACAUAAUAUAAAGUAGAGAGUAGAGAGUAUACAAACACAACCACCUCCGCCACGUAAUCUAAGGUAGUCGAUAGGUCUGGAGGCAGGGAAGAUGCCAUUUAGCAUGCAUUUAGUACACAUCAGGUCGGAGAGCAGGUCGAAUUGAUUUCAAGUGAUCUCUUAAAGUUCCCAACAUGUUUGCAGAAUCCUUCCGAUAACUGCAAACUGUACUAAAUGCACUUGAUGAGCGGGCAAACAAAUUUUCGAAUUGUUUUACGUACGAUUUAGUACAGAGCUAAAAGCAAAAAAAAAAAAAAAAAAAACAAAAAAAGACUUGGGUGGUCCUGCAAUCUCUUCAAUUAGGGCUCGUUACUCCUUACCAGCCCUCACUCCCUCUCUCUCUCUCUCUCUAUCUGUACUAAAAGAAGAAAAAGAGUAUUACGAAAGCAAGAAACCAAAAUUUGAAUUCAUCUUUCAUGCCCCUCCCCAAUUUUUUUCCUAUUUUCCACCGCUUCUUUAACUUUUGUUUUUUAGCAAAAAAGAAGUGUGUUGCCUACAUUAAUUUUAGCAUGUUUUAGUUUGUAAGAAAAGUAAGAAAUACUUUUAGUUAACGAGAAGAUAGAUGCUUUUGCAAGCGGUUCGAUCCGCUGCUAAACUACUCAGAGAAUAUCUAUUUUGAUACAAAAGCAAAGCAAAGCAAAGCCUGCCCUGGCGCCUAACAGUGUGCACACAUAUGAAACAUACAUAAAAAAUACAUAAAUAAUAUUCAAUUGCCACGAUAUUCACUGUACUUGUUGUUGCAUACAGUCUUUUUUGUAUUUUAAUUGUAGCUUUAAAAAACAUUUACGUUAGCGAGUGCCGAAAUCCAUCGAUUGAGUAAAAAUAAAAGCUGAAAUUCUUUUUUA